UAUUAUCAGAAAAUUAGAUUAUAAACCAAUCGACGCAUUUAAAUUUCUUUUUAGAAAAAAGGUAAGAAAAAAAAAAAUUCCCUGGUUUAUCAAAAUGUAAAGAAGUUGGGUUUGUGGGGUGUAUCGCUGCGUGGAUAACAGAGCAAACGGGUGGGUUGGUUAUUGUUCCUCCGGAGAAUCCAAUUUCUUCUUCAAAAGAUUCAGAAAAUCCCUCUACCAAAAGCUGGGUUUCUCUCAGAUUUUCCUCACGAAUUCACUGCUUCGUUAAAAAGUAGUAUCUUUGUUAUCUUCCGGAUUUUGGAUGCUGGGAAUUCUGUUCUGUUGAAUUUGCGGCAGCUAUUUUAACUCCACAAAUCUGUGCUUGUUAGUUCAAGUAUACAUUUUCAUAACCGAUUGCGCCAAAACUAUAAAGGGUUUUUGAUACUUAAGUUGGAACAUUUCCCUCCCGCAAAGUUGGCAAAUUCUUGGUAUUGGGUUGUUGGUACUGAGAACUGAAAGAGAGGAAAGUUUUCUUAGUGGAAUCUGGCUUUCGGAAAGAGGGAACAUAUGGACUUGUGGGUUGUUGCAGCAGCUGCAGGCGCCGGAUAUUUGACUAAGUAUUGGCAGAACAUAUCCAAGAAUGGGGACAAAGAUGGCUUGUUAAAUUUGUCUUUUGGGGAUGCAAAUCUUGACAAAUCUGAAUCCUCAAGGCAUCCUUUACACAGACUAGGACACAGAAAGAAAGUGGGUGAUGAUGUUUCUACUGAUAGAAAAAAGGCUUCGGAUGCUUACUUGUUAGAAAGUUCUUGUGGGACAGACGUGGCUUCUACUAGUGGGUAUGAUGGUGAAAAGCUGGGAGACUUGGUUAAGUACAAGGAUUGCAAUGUACUUUCUUUAUCACACAUGUCACCGGUACACUCGGGAAAUGAAAAUGAGAAUGGGGAUGGGGCUUGGAUAAGUCAUGAUAUUGAUGACAGUACUGGUGCCACAUUGCCUAAAUCUUCGAGUGGAGAAAGGGGUUCUUAUCAUGUUCCUCUAAAAAACAAAAGUUCUAUUAGAACUAAGCGUUCAUAUGGGCAUUUGAUUAAGCCAGUAAAUUCCUUAGAGAGUUGCCUUGUGGCUCAGUUAUAUAAAGAGCGUGCUGAAGAGGAACAUGUGCUUACCCUUCCAUCACCAUCUAGUCCAAGUAUGAGACCAUUGUUUGUGACUGAUGGAAACCGAAUUAUCAGCAAAGCAAGUGGGGAUCAUUUCAGGUCUCAGAUUGGAAUCGAGGAAAAUAAGCUGCAUAAGGAAGACUACUUGGAAACUAAUGAAAAUGCAUGUGGGGUUCCUCCAGAACCAAAACUUGGUUAUUUGGAUCUGCCCAAGAAGAUGAAAAUUAAGAGAGGAAAGGGGCGGCAUGGAAAAUUGAGCAGUGCCAGUAAAUUGUUCAAUGGAAAACACUUACAUUCUGAAGGUUCACUGGAUGGAGCAGUUCUUCUCUGUCUUGGGAUUUCUAUUGGCAUAAUAUCUUCUUUGAUAGCAAAUAAAAGAGAAGUUGACAAGUUGAAAGAUUUGUUGAAGCAGACCGAGAACUUGGUUCAGGAUCUAGCAGAGGAACUCCAAAUGAAAGAUUCAGUAACAAUGAAGGAAAUAGCUAAUGAGAAUUAUGGUGCACAAGAUACUUGUUACAGCUCCGUUUUUGAUAAGGCACCAAAUUCUUUUUCUACUGAACAGAAUAUGGACAAAUAUGAUGGUAAAAAUUCAUAUAACUGGAAAGCAGAAGAGAGUUCAGAGUCGAUGAGUAAAAUAGAAGCAGAGCUUGAAGCUGAACUUGAGAGGUUGGGGUUAAACAUGAACAGUUCUAUUCCGGAGAGAAGAUCAAUUGAUGUUGCUGAGCUUGACCCAGACUUAAUGGCAGAUUUUGCUCAAGGCGAGCUGAGAGCUGACUUGGUUGGUGGGCUAUCUGUUGCCCAAUCCAUGUCAAAUGAAGAGGCAAGCAGUACCUCUACGGAUUAUUACUGUGCAAACUAUGCAGUUUCUCCCAGAGAGCUUAGCUUGCGUCUGCAUGAAGUUAUCCAAUCAAGACUAGAAGAACGUGUCCAGGAGCUUGAGGUGUCUCUACAAAACAGCCAAAGGAAGGUCCAACUCGCAGAGUUGAAGCACAAGGAUUCUUGGAGAGACUUCUCAGACAAUCACAUACAUUCCAGAAUCCAUGAGAUUACAAAUUCUGCAGAAAAUUGCAAAACCACGGCAGAGCCUCUAGUCAUGAACUUAUCGGGAGAAGCUUUAGAUGCGUACAACGAGGCUCAUGAAGAGUUGAUGAAGAUCAGUGAAUCAGACGAGGAAGAUUCACCUUGUCCGAUUUUUGAAACAUUCAGUGCUCAGAACCAGAGUCAAACUCAAAGUGAAGAGGUGAAUGGUUCUGUGGGGAAUUUUGCUUUCAGUAAAGAGGAAACCGCAGGUGAAAAUUCACCUUGUCAAGUUUUUGAAACAUUCAGGCGUCAAAGCCCGGGUCAAAUUCAAAGUGAUGAAUUAGAUGGUUCUGUGAAUCGUUUUGAUUUCAGUAAAGAGGAAACCGUAGGUGAUGAUCUCCUUUCAUUCAUGAGCAAAGCAAGUAUAUCGGAUGAGGAGCGCAUUUCCAGGGUUCAGCGUUCAAAUAAAUCAUCUGUCAGUGGGGAGAACAGUGAUGAUUCCGAUGCUGAGAUGGAGAAACAGUUGAUAAGGCAAAUUGUGGAGAAGGCCAAGAAAGGUUCUCCGGUAGUCCUGAAUGCACAAAGGUGGUUCCGGUCAAUUGAUGAGAACGAGAGUUGAGUCGAAAACAGGAAUGAAGUUUUGCAGUGUAUAGAUUCAUAGAAAAUAUGAAAAUAUAGAAAGUGGUUAGGUAUUCAUUCUGUAGCUAAAGCUAAUAUGCCAUUCAUUUGUAACGUCGUUGGUGUUUACCGAUUUCCGAAGCUUAUCGAGGCUUUUCGUUAUUUAAUCAUCAGAAACUUUUCUCCAA